AUGGAUUCCGACGACGAGUACAUGUCGGCUCUUUCGACCGACGACGAGAUAAUGCAAGACGACAGCGGCGAUGAGAUCUCCGCAGGUGAUGACUUUGAUGAUGAAGAGUUUGACGAGCCUGAUCCUGACUUUGGACUCGCAAAAGACGUCGAGAAGAAGAAGAGAGCUGCCCAUGUGGUGCCAUGCAAAGUCCACGAACCGAGCGAUAUCCAGAAUCAACAGGAUGAGAUGAUCGGCGAAGUCAAUAUGAUUCUAGACAUGCAGAAGGAGGAUGCUGCCAUUUUGCUCCGCCAUUUCCGGUGGAACAAGGAGCGCUUACUAGAAGAUUAUAUGGACAGACCAGAAAAGGUUAUGGAAGCUGCUGGAUUGGGCAGCAACACGUCUAGCUCACCAAAGCUGGAAGUCAUUCCUGGUUUCAUAUGUGACAUAUGCUGUGAGGACGACGAGGGCCUCGAGUCGUUUGCCAUAAAAUGUGGCCAUCGUUACUGCGUGGACUGCUAUCGCCACUACUUAACACAGAAGAUUCGCGAGGAGGGCGAGGCAGCGAGAAUCCAGUGCCCCUCCGAUGGCUGUGGCCGCAUUCUCGACUCCGCUUCACUUGAUGUCCUUGUUACUCCAGCCCUGGCAGACCGAUACCAGGAACUUCUCAACAGAACAUAUGUCGAAGACAAGGACAACUUUAAGUGGUGUCCUGCCCCAGACUGCCCCAACGCCCUCGAAUGUGGUGUUAAGCCCAAAGAUCUGGGUAAGAUUGUUCCGACUGUCGAGUGUCGAUGCGGUUACAGGUUCUGCUUUGGCUGCCCGAACCCCGACCAUCAACCGGCACCUUGUGAUUUGGUCAAGAAAUGGUUGAAAAAGUGUGCCGAUGAUUCGGAAACCGCCAACUGGAUCUCGGCCAACACUAAGGAAUGCCCCAAGUGUAACUCCACUAUCGAGAAGAACGGAGGUUGCAACCAUAUGACAUGCCGCAAAUGCAAAUACGAAUUCUGCUGGAUGUGUAUGGGUCUCUGGUCCGAACACGGAACCAGCUGGUACAACUGUAAUAGAUACGAGGAGAAAAGCGGCUCCGAGGCUCGCGACGCUCAGGCGAAAUCCCGAACAUCUCUUGAGCGAUACCUGCAUUACUACAAUCGCUACGCCAACCACGAACAAUCGGCCAAGCUUGACAAGGAUAUUGCCCAGAAAACCGAAAAGAAGAUGGUCCAGCUUCAGAGUGCUUCGGGCAUGUCGUGGAUUGAAGUUCAAUACCUCAAUUCGGCUUCUCAGGCUCUUCAAACAUGUCGACAGACGCUGAAGUGGACAUACGCCUUUGCUUUCUAUCUUGCCAGAAACAAUUUGACGGAGAUCUUCGAGGAUAACCAGAAGGACCUUGAGAUGGCCGUGGAGAACUUGUCUGAGAUGUUUGAGAAACCCAUCACAGAAUUGUCUGACCCCAAGCUCAAAGUUGAUAUCAUGGAUAAAACUUCCUACUGCAACAAGCGUCGUGUUAUUCUUCUCGAGGACACAGCCGAAAAUCUGGCAAGAGGUACUUUUCCCUUUUAUUCACCUUUGAAUCCCUUUGUGCACUCCUGUCUUUCGACCAGUUUUAAUGUCUUGCUAACCAUCUUUGUGUCUUCAGGCGAAUGGAACUUCAACGCAGACCUCUUAGACACCGCUACUUCCGCGCCUGUUACUCGUCGCUGA